AACUCAAUAGCUCGUAACCUCAAACACUUGUCAUGCACAAUCCUCAGGGGACCACUUUUCUUCACCAUGCCAUUGGUUGCCAGACAGUGUGGGCAAUGUGACCUUCUUGCAACGGUCAUUGACUGCCUUUACGAUCAGGUGUAUUUGCAGUACAUCGAUUCCAGAGGCCCUCAGCCUGCGCGAGAACAUGCGCCGAUCCGACUCCUUAAGCAUCACGCGUGCGCACGUCUUGCAAAUAUCCUGCAGAAUCGUCUGCAUCAUCUUGAAGUAGCCAAAGCGGAACAUGGACAUGCACAGAGCGAUGAAUCCCCAAUGGCCGACACAGCCCGACAUGUUUUGUCCAUACAUCUCGCAAAUGAAAUUCUUGUUCGACACACCCAGCCGCGGAUCCAGUACACCAUUGGGGACAGGCUUGCGAGUCUCGGCUGUGUAAAGAUUGUGCUGGUUAAUCACAACCUUUGCCGCCUGAUGAAUAUCGUGUGGGCUGAGAACUCCAAAUUGAAUACAGUAAUGUCAGAAUUUGUGAUUCACUAGGUUUCUACAAUAUUUCCCUUCCUCAUCAGAUCCAUGUGCUAUCACAACUACGGCUCCGAUCCUCCUUUGGGGUCUCACUCUUCUCCACUUUCUAUUUUUCGCGUACAGCUAUUUUCUCUUUUUAUUCAUAGGUUUCCUUUUCUUUGGCUGACUCAGCCCAAACCACUUGUUGAAACUCGUGACCAUCCAACACAGGAUAUGUUUGAGAUUACGAGCUAUUGAGUUGGGUCGGGCUGUAGCACCCAAGUAAAAGAGAAUACAUUGGAAAAGAGAUAGACUAAGGCAGCCUUAAAGAGAU